AUGUCUCCGUGGGCAAACGCAACGUAUGUCAGUCUCAGGAGUCAGGUUCAAGUCACCAAAGGUGCCGAGGGAUGUAGUCACGGGCAAGGGUGGCGAGCGGUCGAAAGGAAGAUAAAAGGUUCUCUUGUGGCAGCAGUCUAUGCUCUCAAGUUGACGUGCUACACAAAGCUCGAGCCCUGGGUAGGAGCGUUGCCAUUUUCCCUCUGUCAGCACCCACUCGUUCUCUUCAACCGCAUCUCGAUCUGCCAAAUUCGACCCGUCACUUCGAUCCAGCACUCUACCAAGUAUCCGAGAUUGGAGACAGGAAUAGACAAAAUCCUUCGACAGUACGCCAACACCUCUUUCUCCAUCUACGAGCUCGCCGACGAGCCCCAAUCACGCAUCACGCAUCACGCAUCACGCAUCACGCAUCACGCAUCACUAUACCAACGCUGUGAGACUCUAUACCCUGCCAAAUACGACAUCAUCUGCUCAGGUUGCCAAGCGACCAUGUCGAGUCAAACAAUUUCGAUCCCAAGGAGCACUGCCAUGCGCGCACACUGUGGAAGCUGGCUAUUUACGCUGCCAUCCGAGCUUCGUAAUAAGGUUUACGAGCUGAUCAUCCCCGUUGGCAAGGUCAUCACUUUACAUCGAGAAGAAGAAUCCCAGCGGAUGUCAUGCAGAAUCACAGGUGACUGCGGGCCGGCAACAACGGCACUGACACAACUGCCAGCAUCUGAUGGAGCUCAUCCCAAGCUGCAUGACUGCCUGGCUCUCCUGUUGACAUGCCAACAGACGUACCACGAGGGAGCAGGUACUCUGUAUGGUGCGAAUAUUCUGCGCUUCAGUCAAAACACAAGGAACCCUACCAGCGUGUGCAAGUUGCUGAGCAUAACGGUGAACUUCUGUAGCUCUAUAGGCUUUGCCAUCCACUUUCUCCAGAGGAUCGAGAUCGAUUUGUCCUGUAUCAGCGUCCCUGCGUGCAUUUGUAAAAUGCACAGGCGUGGCGUUGCUCGCUGCACACAUAAAUGCAUUGACCUGGCCCCGCUCCAGAAGUUGCUCUGGCAGGAGGCUGUCGAGAACUGCGAGAUUAGCUUCGUGAAAAGCAAAUUUCAAGGUCUGGUAUUGCUCCAGGGUCAAGGCCGGUACGACUACAACGUGGAUGUCCUCAACAAUCUGGUAUCGUGUUUGCGAAGAGAUACCGCAGGUCUACGCCGGUACGCCCAACAGCUUCAGACGCUAGAAAUCUGUCCGAGUUCGAUGCUGAGCACCAAUCACUGCUUGAUGAAGGUGGUUCCGAGUACGCAACCUUACAGAGGUCUAGCACAGUUGCGAUAUAGACAUGGGUCAAGACACCUUGAUAUUCCCAUCUUACUCCUAGACAGCGACGGAAACCAUCUUCAUCAAAUGGCCCCAUACAAGGCAAACUUUAUGGGUUUGCCAAAUACGCUACGAUCCAAAAUCUUCCGGGAGAUCUUGUGUCCUGAUGCCAAUGUCAUCUUCGAUCUGGAAACCGGACGACGACCCGCAAUCAAUCGCACAUUGCUAGAUAUGUGGUGGCCGGGAAAUGCAGUCGAUGACCUAAGUUUGCUCUUCUGGCGAGAGAACGUGAUCACAUUUCGCAUGACAUCGACUUCUCGCGAUCUGCCAUCUUCCCGAUUCCAACCAAUGAAAGAGGUCCUGUGCGUGAAGAGGACGUUCGAUGGAUGGCUCUAUCCAUGGUUUCCGAGGGCGAAUUUCAAGGCUUGCAGCAACUUAAAGCUAGAGCUUGCUUUCAAGCUUGAAGAUGGCGUAACUCUGGCGGAUGUCGAAGUUGGCGUAAAAGGUCUACUGCGAUUAGCAUCAGGAUACCAAGGUCGCGAGUUUCGCAUCACGUGCUCUUUAUACCAUGAAUCUGCGCCUGACACCGUCAUUGAGGUGUCCACGUUCUCCCUGCAAGACGUACAAGCGAAUGUUCUUGAGCUGUUGUCUGCUAUUGAUGAUGAGGAUGAAGAAAACGCCAACUUCGAAAUCUACAUCAAUGGCCAUGGUGAAUCGAAGAGGCUGGAGAUGUCUAUGAGCUCGGGCAAGCGCAUACUACCCAGGAGCCUGUUAUCGCCCAGCAAGGGUUUCGAAACAAUCGUCGCACAACACGGGUCUGUAAGUGACCUGAAUGACGAUAUCACCAACGAUUCUGAGGCAAGGUACCACGCGACCUUGUGGUCUUGGCUUGCCUUUGUGAGAGAAGUCGUUACAAUAAAACCUACUUAUCAUCAAGACGAUCUGUUCGAAGAGCAACAGAGAAUUCUGCUGUGCCACACCAAGUACUUCGGUAUUGAGGUAACUAAGGACCAUGAGCGCCGGAAAGUGGACGUGUUUUACCAGAUCAGGCACAACGAGGCACCAUUUCAGGAGACAGCCUCAGGGCAGCUUGAGCAGCGCAUUGUCUAA